AUGCAAUGUACAAAAUAUUACCCGUUCUACUUCUCAUAAGCUGCCGGCAGGCCGUUGACACUACCAACGCCGUACCGAACGGUCUUAACCGGCCCAACAAGCUGCCACGUACUGGUCUGUACUACGAAACAAAAUGGGACCCCCUGCUCGACUCAAAGACCUCGCUCAAAAACCUGCAGAACGUGCUGGAGAUGGGCGGACAUUACGAGAACCAUGAGAUUACCACACCGCCGCCAGACAGAUACGGCGACCUGAGCCUGUUCACGCUUAAUCUUGCGUCUGAAAUAAGUACAGUACCUAUGAACCAGGAGAUAGCAUCGUACAUGCAUGAAAUUCUUGAUCACGCGCAUCCUACGGUGAUGGUGCUGCAGGGUGUGCGUGAACCGCUAUUAGCACGCAUCAGGAAGCUUAUCAACGAACACUAUGGGAUGCUUACCGAUGAUGUGUUCACGAAGGACCCGCUCUCAUCUGCACAUUACUAUCUGCCCAUAUUCAUUGACAAGCGAGUGUUGCGGCCGAUCAAGACCGGGUAUUUCAGGAACCAAAAAGGGCAAGUGUAUGGGUCGUAUGUCGUGCUCUCUGACACACGCAAAGGCAAGAAGUUCACGGUCGUAAACAUCGAUCUGUACAGCACGUUCAAGGGGAUGGUUGAAGGGCAGCUCGCCAACAUCAUAUCGGACAUAAAAGGCGAUCCGUCGAUCAGCAACGAGCCCGUUUUCUUUGCAGGUGGCAUAGGAUCACUCUCACCAGAGAUGCAGAAGCUCCUACGAUCCGGGUACAAGAACCUCGUAGACCUUGAUCCGAAUAACAAGGAACUUGACAUGACGACCGUUCACGGCAAGAUGGAACACUCCGAUGGGAUACAGCGUGAUUUCAUCAUCUUGCGAGACCCUGCAACGGCAUUGGAUCUCAACUACGCGCGUAUCCUGAGCAAGGAUUUCCCGAUAGGUGAACAUUUUGCUGUGCAUGCCAUCCUCUCGUAUACGAGUUAAUUAAAAG